AUGCGUCAUGUUUUUAUUCCCGAAGACCUCGAAUCCGGUUCUUUGAUUGCCCGUUUAAUAUCCACUGACUACGAUUCCAGUAGCGCUUUUUCACGGAUUAACUACAGCCUUACGGACGGCGAUCCAAACUUAUUCCAAGUUGAUUCAGGCUCCGGCUCGGUCAGUCUGAGUGGUCAUUUGGAUGCUGACCUGGCUACAGCACAAUUUAAUCAAUUUUCUGGUAAAUAUUAUGUACUUGUUUUAUCUAUCACUCUUGAGACCUUAUUUCUGCCUAUGCUAGAUGUAGCAUACCUGUCAAGGCACGAGUAUAACUAA